AUGUCUCUUGUAGAGGAGGACAAAAAGACUGCGUACGUUGAUCAACCGGAUUUGGAGAGCAGGGGCUCCAAUUCCUCUACAUCUGAAACAGAUGGGUUGCAUCCCAUAUAUAGAGAGAAUCUUCGUAGAUCUCUUUCUACUAGACAAAUCAAUAUGAUUGCCAUUGCAGGUGUUAUAGGUACUGGGUUAUAUCUUGGUACAGGUAAAUCAUUGGCGAACGGUGGACCAGCUUCAUUAAUCAUUUGUUAUUUCAUUAUUGGUGUUGUUGUGUACUUAACUAUGCUUUCAUUGGGAGAGAUGGCUACGUAUAUGCCAGUUUCAGGUUCUUUCACCACAUACGCUAAGAGAUUUGGAAGUGAUUCAUUCGGGUUUGCUAUUUUAGCCAACUAUUGGUUUAAUGAUGCCGUAUCAGUUGCAAGUGAUCUUACAGCAUUACAGUUGGUGAUGAGUUACUGGACAGACUUCCACUUUUGGGUGAUAUCUUUAAUCUUUUGGUUUUUCAUUUUAUUUCUUAAUGUUUUCACUGUAAGGUUCUACGGUGAGACUGAAUAUUGGUUGGCACUUUUAAAAGUUAUCUCAAUCUUGAUCUUUUUCAUUAUUAGUAUUGUUGUAAACGCUGGACAUAACACUUCCCAUGAAUAUAUUGGUUUCAAAUGGUGGAGCUAUAAAGAUGCACCCUUCGUUGAUGGCUUCAAAGGUUUUGCCCAGAUCUUUGUAACUGCUUCUUUUGCCUAUGGUGGUACUGAAUCGAUUGCGUUGACCGCAGGAGAGAUGAAAAACCCAGUAGUUGGAAUGCCUAAAGUGGUUAAGACCGUGUUCUGGCGUAUCUUAAUCUUUUACGUCUUAUCUGUUUUCUUUAUCGGUAUGAAUGUUCCAUAUGAUUAUCCAAAUCUUUCCACCAAGAGUGUCACUACUUCUCCAUUUACAAUUGUUUUCCAAAUGGUUGGAUCUAAGGUUUCAGGAUCAUUCAUGAAUGCAGUUAUUAUGACCUCUGUCAUUUCUGCUUGUAAUCAUGCAUUGUAUGCUGGAUCAAGGUUGGCAUACACUAUGGGUGUUGAAGGUUAUGCUCCAAAGUUUCUUGCUAGAACUAAUAGAUGGCAAGUUCCAUACGUUGCAGUUCUUAUCACUUGGUUUUGUGGAGGAUUGUGUUUCGGUUCUUCAUUCAUUGGUGCUGGUGAUUUAUGGAAUUGGUUACAAAAUUUGGUUGGUGUAUCUAAUCAAAUUGCCUGGUGGUGUAUUGGUAUUACUAGUAUCAGAUUCAGAAAGGGUUUAGAAAGUCAAGGUAAGACCCAUAGAUUGUCUUACAAAAACUGGACCUACCCUUACGGUCCUUAUGCUGUGGUGAUAUUUGUCUCUGUUAUCAUCUUGGUACAGGGUUGGUCAGCAUUUGCACCAUGGGAUGUUUCCUCUUUCUUCUCCAAUUACGUUGAAUUAUUAUUAUUCCCAGCAUGUUUCGUUUUCUGGUGGUUGGUUAGGAAAGGUAAAGAUAAAUUUGUCAAGCUCGAAGAUAUGGACUUUGACACUGAUAGAUACAUCUUAUCCCAAGAAGAAAUAGACGAGAUAGAGUACUCCAAAAGUUUGAAAGGAUGGACUAAGUUCAAGUACAAUUUUGUUGACAAUUUUACAUAG